AUGGCGGCCGCCGCUUGCGGUCCGCAGGACGGCAGCAGUAAUAACACAACCAAGGCGCAUAAAGAACAUCCACGGAAAAGUAGGGAUUCACGUCGGAGAAAGGCAGCACUGUUGUUUUUGAACAAUAUCUCUUUAGACGGACGGCCGGUGUACGCUCUCAGCAAUGGAAUCCCUGGCCUCAGAGAAACCGGGCACCAGUGUCCUGAGGUUGGACCUCCGGUGGUUGGCAGCUACAGAGCCUUCACCCAACUGUCCCCUUCCUUCAUCGGUGGGACUAUUCCUUCACUGGGGACUGGUACCUGCCCACUGGCCCCGGUACCCACCGGAUUAGCGGGGCACGGUCAAGGGUCGAAUGAAGUGCUCUCGGAGGGGGGAAGAAUGGAUCCUUUGUCGUGCCAAGGAUUUUCCCUCUCUCCGACCUCUGGACCCCAGAGUCCUAAUUUAAUCCCCAGUAAACCGGUCGUCGUGUGCUCUGGUUGUAACGCCGCGCCACUGGAUCUCCGUCAAAGAACACCUAACCAGUCAGGGUCUCCGGGACGCAGGGUGUCCAAGAAGGUGCACUUCAUCAAGAACAUGAGGCAGUAUGACACUCGAGGCAGCCGGAUUGUUCUUAUCUGUUCCAAGCGGUCUCUCUCUGCUGCUUUCUCUGUCUUGCCCUAUGGAGAGAGCUUUCACAUCAGUGAUUCAAAAUUGGAGGCCCAGAGACAGAGGCACUCAUCAGGGGGCACAGCUGAUACAGUUCCUGUACUGGAGGGUGUGGAGUUAGGGGAUUUUGGAAAGACAGUAUCCUAUGCCAGAUUCCUUCAACCUACCAAUGCCCUGAUCAGGCAAAAGAGCAGCACGCCCCUGGAAGCGAACGCAGUACAGACGCCUGUGGUCCGAAACUGGAUGAGUGGCCCAAAGAGUUUCACCACCCCACGUCUUAACAGCAGUGUUGGCCAAGAGGCUGGGGCGGAUGAGUUGUCAGAGUAUGACCCCAACCUACUAAGUGACCCGAAGUGGCCUUGUGGAAAACACAAGAGGGUCUUAAUCUUUGCAUCCUAUGUGACCACAGUUAUUGAAUAUGUAAAACCAUCUGACCUGAAGAAAGACAUGAAUGAGAUGUUUAAGGAAAAGUUUCCCCACAUUAAGUUGACCUUGAGCAAGAUUAGAAGUUUGAAAAGGGAGAUGCGUGCAGUGAGCGAGGACUGUGGCCUACAGCCAGUUACCAUAGCGAUGGCAUAUGUGUACUUUGAGAAGCUGGUGCUGCAGGGUCGACUGAAUAAGACCAACAGAAAACUUGUGUCUGCAGUCUGUGUACUGUUGGCUGCCAAGAUCAGCAGUGAUUUGAAGAAGUUGGAAGUCAAGCAACUGAUUGAUAAGCUAGAGGAGCGCUUUCGAAUAAGUCGGCGGGAGCUGAUUCCUCUGGAGUUCCCCGCGCUGGUUGCGUUGGAGAUGACCCUUUACCUGCCAGACAGCAAGGUCAUGCCCCACUAUCGCAGGCUGGUGCAGCAGGUCUAGGAGCACAAAGAAGACCUUCCAGCAGUGCUCCUGAACCCAAGAGGCACUGUCCGACAUCAGUGCUCACUACAUACCGAGGGGCUUUUAGCUGUGUUCAGCAGUCCUGUUGGUCUAGAGUUCAAAACCACUUUUCGAGCUUCCUUAUAACAACUCUCGCAACUCAUAAAUGUCUUGAAAUUGUAUUCUUAAAACUGAAAUUGUUUUUAAUUUGUUGAUUAGAUUGAAGGUGGUCAAACAAUUGUAAUAACGUGUUUAAUUGUUGACAAAUAGUACAGCUCAUCAAAUUGAUCAGAAUUCUAUUUUUGAAUUUUUUUAUUUUUUAUUUUUUUUUUAAAUCCUGAUUUUUACAUUUUUCCUAAUGUACCAUUAUGUUUAUCAACAUUGCUCCAUAUUUAUUCAUCGGUAUAUAUAGAUACAGUUUCUAGCUACAGGCAUUAUACAUGAAGAAUGAUGUCUGUCUUUUUUAAUGAGGGCAGGUGUGGGUGUUCUUUUCAGUUCAGGGCCUUACGGUAGGUUGUCUCUGCCAUUCUGAAGUGCUCUAUGUUAGAGAUGAUGUUUACCUGGCACAUUAUUUGUGCCAUCCUGUUCCAUGUGCUCCUCUUUCCUGUCACCACUUUCAUUCAGCUGACUAUAGAUUGUAAUUUUAGUGCACAAGGAGUCUGAGGAGCAAAAUUAGUUUAUGUAUUUCUAUCUCUCAAAAUGUUCUGUAGGUUGAGUUUUGAGUGCCAAUUCUUCAGGCUAGCCAGCAACAAUUUGUCUGAUCCAAGACAAUUUAAUUUGAAUCACUGUAUUGCACAAAGAAAUCUUAAAAGCUGUUUGUGAGAAACUUUCAUUAUUUAUUUCUUGAAGCUGUGAGUAUUUGUUGCUAAAAUGUUUUGGCUAGGGUACUAGUGCUACUGCACGUACCACUGAAUAAUAAGGUUGGGUGGUUAGUCAGACCAAAUGCUGGAUCCAGAUUUACUACACUGAGGAUUGUCCAGUACCAGUGAAACCAGUGACCUUCAGUGAGCCAUCACCUGUCUUAUGUGUUGUAAAGCGGUGUUUCUAUCUUGUUCCUUGUACUGUAUGCUGCACAUGCAUGUUUUUGUUUGGUUUGUUGUCUUUAAACAACCUCUCAUUCAGAGUAAAACGCUGUAAAUUAACAGCACAAUGGUAGCUUAGCUGGCACCACAAUACUGUGGAUGGUUAUGGUGUUGGGUUUCCUUUCAUACGCAUUCAUCUUUGAAACUACAGCCAUUGUAGAAUAUGAACUUACAUGAAGUAACCUGUGUCUUAUUACUUUGAGAUUGCUUUAGUAUUUUGAGAUUACACAGCCAGCCUGUGGUCCUACACAAUUUUUUCCUCAGGGAGUGUGAAUGGUUUUGUUAGCACUCUUUGAUGUGGUCUUUUAUUUGAAAGAAAAGCAUUUUCAGUAUUAAGUUUAAUAUUGUUCUAUUGUUAGUAAACUCACUUAAUAGCUAUUUAUUUUCAAUAUAAACCUCAGACUAUUCUCACUGUAGUGCAGCAUGAAGUGCCUUAUUACUUUGAUCAUUUUGCUGACAUGAUUUGCACCUUCACAUCAGUGUCUAACAGACCGUUCGUUUGACAACAGCUUUAGACACUUCACAGUCCAACAUCUUAUAUUCUAUUGGCUGUCUCAGAUCUGAGACUGUAUAGACACAAGCAAAUUUGAUAGAUGCAGCAGAAUGAGAAUAAGCAAACUACUUUUAUUGUGAGCAUAUAGCUGUCUUGUGUACGAAACCUCUUUCCCCCCCCCACCCCCAAGAGAUUCAUUUCUGAAAUGGUAUGAAGUGAUAGCUUAGACUGUGUAUAAGCACAAAAUGUAACGUAUUGUGCAGUAUGGACAUGAGGUUUUGUAACUUUUCUUUUGCAUAGAGAUUCUUUUAUAAAUAUAUUUUUUUCUGUUGA